AUGGAGCAGCACUCCAGCACUGUCGCCACGCUGAGGGCAGCCAAGGGUCUGGCCGCCCUCAGCCGCGGCGCGGCGGAGGUCAAGCCCGGCGCCGCCAUGGGCGGAGACAUGGGGCCGACGCUGGGGGUGGUCCCGGGGCACCGCCUCGGCCGCACGGCCACUCUGGCAAAGGGCUACCGGCUCAUGCAGCCGCCCGCCGCCCUGCCGCUCUUCGACGUGUCUGUCGCCGUGAUAGACUCGCUCAACCUGAUGCGCGCCUCAAUAGAGGAGGAGGUGGUGAUGCAGUCCACCCUGGCCGUGCCGGCCCACCAGGCGCUGGCCUGCAGGAUUGAGGCCUACGGCACGCCCUUUGCGGCGCCGUCCCUCAACUCGAUUGUGGAAGGCAAGCUGUCCUCUGAAAGUGAUAAGCAGUUUGCGGCCUGCCUAGCCGCGCCCCCCGACUUCGACGCCGCGCCGGCGGGGCCGGAGUUCUCGCUGCAGCGCAUGGCCUCGCUCGGCGCGCUGCUGCGGCCGCAGGGCGGCGGCGCGGCGCAGGCGGCGCAGGCGGCGCACGGGCAGCAGGAGGCGCAGGUGGAGCCGGCCGGCACGCUGAGCAGGGGCGGCGGCGCCACGAGGAGCGCGGAGCUGCUGCGGACGCCGAGCGUCCAGGUCCAGAAGAAGGCGAAAAAGGCGGACUGGCGCGGCGACCUCAGCCCGAGCGACGGGCGGGCCGAGCCCGACGCAGCGCAGGGCGACCAGGGCGCCGCCGCGGCCGCUGCGCGGCCGGACGUCGCGACGCGCCAGGGCCGCGCCGCGAUCGCCGCGGCCGCGGCCGCGGCGAAGGCGGCGGGCGGUGCGCCGUGGCAGGCCUUUGAGGGGGUCCAGGAUGCGGUUGCAGCGAUGGUCGGGGUGGGCUACCUCCUAAUGCGGGCUGCGGGCUUCAGCCGGCGUGCGCCGCACGCACUCGGGCGGCUCACGACGGGGCUGCGGCGCACCGCUAGCAUGCAGCAGGGGCGGCGGCUGGAGGGGUGGCCGCCGGCCGCCAGCGCGUGA